AGCUGGGGAGCGGUUUAAGUAAGACCGUGGUAGGGACCCUCGGCUUAGUGCUGUCCGCUGCGCUCCUCGCUUUCCUCCUACAGUAGGGAUGGCUACCACUGCUCUCAACGUCAACGACCCGGGGCGAGCUGGCAGGAUCGCCACAACCCGCCUCAAGAUCCUGCUGGGACACCUCCAGGGCCCUGCGGCCCCGGCCAUCGCAGCUUACCUGACUUCAGGUUCUGUUGCACCUCUUGAUUUCCAUCCUCGGAAAUUCCAGUACACCCUGGAUAAUACUGUCUUAACCCUAGAACAGAGGCAAUUUUAUGAGGACAAUGGUUUCCUGGUCAUAAAAAAACUAGUGUCUGAAGAAGAUAUUCAACGCUAUAGGGAUCAGUUUGAAAGGAUCUGCAGGAAGGAAGUGGAACCCCCAGGAAUAGAAAUCAUGAAGGAUGUAACCAUUGCAAAAUCAAAUCUUUCUCCAGAUGAGAAAAUAAUUACAAAAAUCCAGAAUUUUCAGAAAGAUGAAGAACUCUUCAGCUACUGCACCCUGCCUCAGAUUGUUAAAUAUGUCGAGUGUUUCACUGGACCCGAUAUCAUGGCUAUGCAUGUAAUGCUGAUAAACAAGCCUCCAGAUUCUGGGAAGAAGACUUCUCGCCAUCCCUUUCAUCAGGACCUGCACUACUUUCCAUUCAGGCCUCCCAAUUCCAUUGUCUGCGCUUGGACUGCCAUGGAACAUAUUGAUAGAAACAAUGGCUGCCUGGUUGUGUUACCAGGCACACACAAGGGCACCUUGAAACCACAUGACUAUCCUAAAUGGGAGGGGGGAGUUAAUGUUACGUUCCAUGGUAUCCAAGACUAUGAUUUAAACCAACCCAGAACUCACCUUGUGAUGGAGAAGGGAGAUACUGUUUUUUUCCAUCCUCUGCUCAUUCAUGGAUCUGGAAGAAAUAGAACUGAAGGGUUCCGGAAGGCGAUUUCCUGUCACUAUGCCAGUUCUGAUUGCUUCUACAUUGAUGUAAAAGGCACCAGUCAAGAAAACAUUGCGAAGGAAAUUCUACGCCUAAUGGAAAGAAAGCAUGGUGUCACCAAUGUCCAAUUCAAGGAUGCUUGGAAGCUUCGAGCACGGCUUGUGAAAGGAAAAAGAAUCAAUCUUUGAAGUAUUCCUCAAAAAUCAACAGCAGGUGCCUACAGAGAAUGUUAUCAUAUGAGAAGUAGUGAUUCUUGUUAUCACAUAUUAAUGUGAAAAAGCACUUUGUUGUAUGCAGUAUUGUCUGCAUUGCACUUACACUGCUUUGACAGAUAGAAAGAUUAAAAUGUGUAAUGUGUAAAAAGCUUCAAUUAGUGUCACCCCUGAUAAAAAUGCUUGUCUAAUUUCAGAGUAAUCCAAGUCUUCAAAAACAAAGAUGGGGGGUGGGGCGGGGAGGAACCAUCAAAGCACCUCUUAGCCAGAAGAAAAUCUACUGAGUUCAGAAUCUUUGUACUUAUAAACUACAUAUGCUAGUAAAAAGUAAUGGCUGAUUGCUUUCA